AUGGAAAAAGAGGUUUCUGUAUCAGCUCAAUCGGAUGAUCCAUGGGUGGAUACCAGUAGCUCAUCAAUGAAGCGAAAAGAAGAGCAACUUGGGAAUACAUCAAACAACAUUCAGUCAACCAAAUUGCGAGCGGCACAUUCUCCCAAAUCAAAAGAAAAGGACAAAAUAAAGGAAAGUCCCGUCUCCCAGCAAAAGCUACCCGAGCCAGAUGUCGAAAGUUUAGAAACAGAGCCGAAUUUUAUUUCAAAGUCAUUAUCUGAUACAGGCAUUUAUCAACAACAUAUGGCCCCCGAAUACCAAUACAAUAAACACAAUGAAUCUAUAUUUGAUGACGAAAAGUUGUUUCCGUGUUUGCCAACCGACAAUUCUGAAACUAGUUUGGUAAAAUUUGACGAACAAAACCCAGAGCUUAUAAACCACGCCACCCUUCAUGCAUUGAUUGUUCAAAUGACAUCCCCCGAGGUUAUCGACUACAACCUUAUAAGUGAUUUCUUCCUCACUUAUAGGCUCUUCACCAAUAGUAACGAAAUUAUGGGCUUAUUAACAACGAGACUAAUUUGGUCACUACAAUACAUCAACUCAGGAACUGAAUCUAAUACCAAGCUCGGGAAACUAGUCUUGCUCCGAACGUUUGUGGUGUUACGGCAUUGGAUAAUCAAUUAUUUUAUUGAUGAUUUCGACAACAAUCACCAACUAUGCGACCAAUUCUCACUGACACUUAAUGGGAUAAUAAAGGAGUCGAACUUGAUUUGCAAAACCAAUUUCAAGCUGACUGGGGACUACAUAUAUGUGACGAAAAUCCUAAAAGAAUUAAAAAUGCACUGGCUCUCAUUAUUGAACAAAUUUUGGCUCCUUGGAGUUGACAUUAAUAUCAUUAUGACGGAGAGUACUUUAUCGACGUAUAAUAUUCCGUUAACCAAUGAUCUCAAGAGCUCCAACCGACUUUCAAAAUCGAAUACAGAAAUGUCAAUACACACAAACCCUUCGUAUCGUCGGUCUGCCAUGCUUUCAUUAUACGAUCUGAAGAUCCAUCACAAGAUGCUUAUAUUUGAUGAUGAUUCAAGCCAAGAAGAAAAUCCACAAUUUUCCAUAAAUAACCUUUUACUACACCACCAGUCAUCUCGAUCAUCGAUAAAUAACAAAAUUCAUGAAAUGCAGAAACAUAAAAGAAUGAUGAGGUCCCCCAUUUUUGGCUCCUCAUUUGAAAUCUCGGCAAAAUCAUCACCCUUUAUAGCACCAGACUUAACUCAAACCCCACGCACACCUUCAAGUAACCCACACCCACUGAGAAAUAAGAAGGUUUUGGCUCAAACAACUAGGCACAAUCGAAUGGAAAUAAAAGAUUCAUCUUUGGAUUUGAAAAAAACAAAGGAUCCAAAUGUGAACCUGACAACACCCACCAAAAGCCGAAAAACAAAGGCAGAUCCUUAUAAGGAAAUCGGGUUUUCAACAAAUGGUAAUGUCAAGCUCCCAACAUCAAAAAUUCAUUCGAUCCUUCCCCCAACACCUGUCAAGAAAAUGGAUUGCAAAAUUGUCAAGGAGAAUAUACUCCAAACACAAACAGACAAUUCACAGUUUCUACCCCCAGCUUUUGAUGGGGAUCACCAUGACGAGUUCUCGAGGAAAAAAUCAAUCAGAAAAUUGAUGGAUGGCUGGAAAAGAUCACUUUCGGCACAUUCUCGCACUUCUGAUGUCGAAAUAAAACCAUCGCUGGCACUUCAAAGAGAGCAAUCAACUUCAAAUGCCUCAGUUAACAAUCUUGGAGAUUUAAUAUGUGAUGCUAUGCAUGUAGUGGAUGAGCGGAAUAUUGGAAACAGAGUUGAUGUGUUGAGCGCUAGAAUCGUUGACGAAUUAGAAUAUUUGAUACAGUACUACAUGGACUCGAACUCAAACAGCAUCAUUCACGAAGUUGACGGGUGUUUUAUUGACGAGGAUGGAGAUAGAUUUGUGGAUGUCCCAGAGGAGGCAAGUCGUCAAGAGGUAGACUUGCAACCCAUUGAAGUGUCGAAUGACAACGAUGAUGACGACGAUGUUGACAUCAAUGACUUAUCAGAAUUGAACAUUAUAAAGAUUGACAACUUGAUCAAUGAAAAGGAAGAUGGGCCGGUCCAAACUAUCAAGGUGCAAAGAAAUAUUUCGGAAAAUAUACUUGACGAACUUAAUAUUUCAGGAGAGUCGUUCCAAAAGGCAGCAAGUAUCAAUUGGAAUGACGAUGAUGCCGUUGAUUUAAAUGCAUCUGCAGAAAGGGAAACCCUUUUGCUGCAUGAUGAAUUUGAUGAAUUUUGUAUCACCAAUGGAUCAAAGGCAAAAGAUGAUCAAGUGUAUGAAGCAGCAAACUUUAAUUUCCCGCAAUCCGCUCAAUCUUUUGAGACUUCCACUAUAUCCACCCCUAGCAAUAUUACCCUGUACGAUGCUGAAGUAGCUGAAUUGGGAAUCGCCAUGAGUCCGCCACCAGUCAAACCAAAAAGAGUGAGCUACAUUGAAGGUGCACACUCUAGCCUUGUUUACAACCCAAGAAUCUCGAGAAUAUCUCGUAACUCUAUUGGCUCUGGCAUCAAAAGAGAGUCGAUGGCGUCUUAUCUCAGUUAUGACUCCGCAUUCUCAAUCACUAAUGAUAGCAACUCGUGCAAGGGGAAUCAUACCUAUAACACCGGUCUUCGCAAAAAAACUGGAUUCAACAACCUUAGGGCCGAUGUUGAGGAAAUUGAAAAUCGCUUAGGCCCUUCCAUCAACUUGAGGUCAUCACAAAUGUCGCGUCAAACUUCAAAAAGCUCACGUAAAAGUAUUAGAUUCAGCGUUUUACGUGCACUCACAGAGUUACCCUUUAACGAAGUUGAUAUCAAUUCUGAAAAGAACAAUCAAUCACGUUAUUCCUCAGCUGAUAUGGCCAAUAGUUCCAUUUUCUCUGUCGCUAUUCGAAGCAGACGGGAAUCAAACAGAGCUGAGCAUACACAGAAUACGGCAGUUACUGGCUCGUCGGGAGGCUCUAUCGUGAUACCGGGAAUCAGCUCCUACGCAUUGAAAGAAUUGGCCGCCAUUCCCGAUGAGUCAAUGAGGUCUACUGAGGACCCAAUUGAGUACGCAUUCAACAAAUUGGAGGGGAAAAAUGUCCCUGUGUUUACGCCAAAGAGAAAUGAUGAAGAUAAUGACAGUGACUUCCAAGUGGAAGAUACCGAGGACAUACUUCGUCAGAUCAAUGAUGCAAGGUCCGAAGAUGCCAUCGGGUCAACUUUCGAUAUUAGUAAUGUUACCCCAUUAACGCCAAUCAGGAAGCGUACCACUUUCAAGACAGAUAGUUCCGUCAACCAUUCAACUUCGACACCAGAAAGAAGCAUCGCAAUGGAUGUGUUUGAUUUUCAACAGCCAGGAAAAAUUAAUGAUUUAGAGGUAAUGGAACACCCUUCACCAAAAAUUAUCCUUGACAACUAUUCUCCCUCAAGUGAUCUUUUGUCGGUGAGGUACAUCAUGGAUACCAAUGCACAUAUUUCAUUUGUGUUGUCCUUUGAUUCAAAGUCAUUGGCCGACCACUUUACCGUAAUUGAAAAGGACAUGUUGCAGGAAGUGGAUUGGAAGGAUUUGAUUGAGUUGAAGUGGAACAAGAAAUUGACACCCGUCAAUAGUUGGCUAGAGAUAAUAGUCAACGAUGACUAUUACAUGAAAAACAAAGGAGUCAAUUUGGUUAUUGCCAGGUUCAAUCUCAUGGUAAAUUGGAUUAUAUCAGAGAUUCUUCUCACUCAAAGCCAAGUUGAACGCAUCAAUAUAAUUUCUCGGUUUAUCCAUAUUGCUCAACAUUGUUUAACUUUGCAAAAUUAUGGAACUUUAAUGCAAGUAAUUUUGGCAUUGACGUCACAAAAGGUGCAAGGUUUCAAAAGCACAUGGCGUAACUUACCUCCCGGUGAUAUAUUGACUUUGAAAACCUUGGAAGAAUUGGCAUCACCGUUGAAAAACUUUUUGAAUGUUAGGUUAUCUAUUAAUCAUGCUACGCCUUCAAAAGGAUGUAUUCCAUUUGUGGGGUUAUAUUUAUCAGAUUUAACUUUUAAUGCCGAAAGACCAACUUUUGUCAACAAGGAUAACAUUACCAAGGAUGCACCUGAGUUGAUUAAUUUUUCAAAAUUUAGAACUUCGGUACAUAUAGUCAAGUCAUUGUCACAAUGCAUUGAGUGGUCGAGUAACUACCAGAUUGAAAUCCAACCGGACUUAUUGUCAAAGUGUCUAUACAUCAAGUCGUUGGAUGAAGAGGAGAUGAACUAUUGUAUUCUGUUUACAUAUGACUAA